AUGGCCAAGACAGGGGUGCCCGCAGCAGUAGCAGCCAUGGAAAGCUAUUCGCAUCUCAAUGCGGAAGAGCUGCUCUACAGGAUGAAUGGUCAGCUAUUGCGGCUGCUAGCUCAGCAUGUUGGUGGUUCCCCUGAGGGCAUUGCCACUGCAGCCCGUCAGUUACGUCGCGAUGGGAAACUCAGCGGGAAGAUCUGCAAUAAUAUCGUCAUGGUGGACGAGGCGUACCACCUCACCCGCCACAUCACGGACAAGAGGGCCAACAGUUUCUAUGCCUCUGUAGUCAAGGAUCUGAAUGACAACGAGCAUUCGGAGGUCAAGCCCGUUUUUUUCCUUCCAGGAGGCAGGCGGACCGUUGAGAACGCACAUGUUGCCUCCACUUGUUCGGACUCGCUGAGCGGUGGGGAGUUGCUUGAGAACACCACCAACCAUGGCAGCGUCAGCGAUAGCCGCAGUGCUAUGCGUGUCAAGGUCCUCAUCAACGGGGACGACGUCCGUGAGCAGUGCGCCCAGGCGGUAGAUAUGGACUAG